AUGUUCACCGCUCGCUCUGUCGCCCGCGCCUCUGCGCGCCUGGCUUUCCCCAAGCCUCCCGUCGUCCGCGCUGCGGCUCCAUUCCAGUACCGUGCCAUGUCUGCGACCGCCUCUCGAUUUAAGAAGUCGGAGGUCAUCAAGGAGGCCGAAGUUCCCGUGUCGGUCUACACCCCGGACUCGAAAGGCGUUGCAUCCGCAAACUCUGACCAUUUCAGCAUCCCGGUCAAGAACGUCCCCUCCAGCACCGCCCCCGUGGAGCACGUUGAGGCCGAAGAGGACAGCAUCUCCCCCCUGGACGAGAAGGUCUACCAGAAGAUGCCCCCCACCAUGCAGAAGAUGUCCGUCAUGGGCAAGGUCAUCAUCGUCACUGGUGGUGCUCGUGGUCUGGGUAACCACAUGGCUCGUGCCUGCGCUGAGGCCGGCGCCAAGGCCAUCGUUCUCUUCGAUGCCAACCAGGAGCUUGGUGACGAGGCUGCCCAGGAGCUUCACGAGAAGUCUGGUCUCGCCGUCUCUUUCUUCAAGGUCGAUGUCCGUGACGGCAACGCUAUCAACGCUGCUGUCCAGUCCGUCGUCGAUCUCUAUGGCGCCCCUGACGUCCUGGUCAACUCGGCUGGUAUUGCCGAUUCCAACAUCAAGGCCGAGACCUACGACCCGGCCAUGUUCCGCCGCCUCAUCGACAUCAACCUUACCGGAUCCUUCCUCAUGUCUCAGGCUGUCGGCCGCGCCAUGAUGGCCGCUGGCAAGCCUGGCUCCAUCAUCCUGGUCGCUUCGAUGUCUGGCAGCAUCGUCAACUACCCUCAGGAGCAGUCCUGCUACAACGCCUCCAAGGCUGGUGUCAUCCAGUUCGGCAAGUCCCUCGCUGCCGAGUGGGCCAAGUACGACAUCCGUGUCAACUGCAUCUCCCCCGGGUACAUGGACACUGCCCUGAACCGCGUUCCCGCCCUCGACGCCCAGAAGAAGAUCUGGAAGAGCCUGACUCCCCAGGCUCGCCUCGGUGCCGUCGACGACCUCAACGGCCUUUGCGUCUUCCUCGCCUCCGACGCCAGCGGCUUCAUGACUGGCUCCAACGUCAUCAUCGACGGUGGCUACACUCUCUACUAG